ACCAUAAGCAGAAGCUAGUGUGACUUGUGGGUUAUUCCCUUCUAACUGCAGAAGAGAUCCAGAACUCUCCAUUUGUUCCCUGAGGAUGACUGAAGUGGAUUUAAGGAUGCCUGGUAGCCCAUUUUCUCUUUCUUUUGCAGGUGGUGGUUAUCUAGUAGUUUAUGAGAUUGGUGUAGUCCAGAGCCUGUUGAAACGAGCACCUGAAUUCGUGAGAUCUGCAUCAAAAGUCUAUGGAGCAUCAGCAGGAUCACUCAUUGCAGCAUCUGUGGUGUGUGGAUGUUGCCUUGAUGAUUUAAAACUGAAUUUCUACACUAUUGCACAAGAUGUGAGAAGAACCAUUCUUGGUCCCUUAACCCAUGGGUACAGCAUCAUUCAGACUAUACAGAAGCACUUGUACCAAAGUAUGCCAGAAAACUCUCACCAAAUGGCCACAGGAAGGCUUUUUAUUUCCCUCACCCGUGCAGCGGAUGGCCAAAACGUUAUUGUUUCAGAGUACAGUUCCAAGGAAGAGCUUAUUCAGGCGCUGAUCUGCAGCUGCUUUGUUCCUAUCUAUUUUGGAUUUAUCCCGCCUACCUUCCGAGGUGUGCGGUAUAUCGAUGGAGGAUUUUCUAACCUGCAGCCUUAUUCUGAUUUAGAGACUGUCAUCACAGUGUCUCCUUUUACAGGAGAGAUUGACAUUUGUCCUCGAGACUGCCCAGCCAUCUUUUAUAGUGUGAAUAUAAAUACCAGCCUUCAUAUAUCUAUGGAAAAUUUGGUCCGGUUAUGGCAUGCCUUUUUCCCACCCAGUUGCCAGGAUUUGCAAAAUAUAUAUUCACAAGGAUAUCAAGAUGCCAUUCUCUUCUUGCAUAGAAACAGUAAGUAUUACCUCAUUCAUAUGCUGGCAAACUUUAUCCUUUACAUUUUGUAA